AUGGACUACACCAAGAACUCCAUCAGCAAACUUGCAAUUUUUUCUCUCUUCCUUGCCAGUGUCACAGCUCUCUGUGUAUGGGCUCCCAAACCCUUCAAUUCCUUCUUCUCUCCUGAUCAAAACCCACCAUGCCCACAAUCAAACUGGGCUGUUCAGAGUCUUCCGAAAGAUGAACUUGAGGAAGCUUUAUCAAAAGCUUCAAUGGCGGACAGAACUGUCAUCAUCGCCGUCGUGAACAAAGCCUACGUAGAGCCUCACGACAACAAAUCUCCGGCGAUGUUUGAUAUUUUUCUUGAGAGUUUUUGGCUCGGAGAAGACACUAGGCCAUUGCUUGAUCAUCUUUUGCUCGUCGCCGUCGAUCAAACGUCAUACGAACGCUGCAAAUUCCGGCGACUGAAUUGUUACAAAUUGGAGACCGCCGGCGUAGAUUUCACCGGAGAAAAGCUUUAUAUGUCGGAGGAUUUCAUCAACAUGAUGUGGAGAAGAACUCGGUUCCUAUUAGAUGUGCUCAACCGCGGGUACAACUUUAUCUUCACGCUAACACCAUCAUGGGUCAACAAAUUUGGUCUUGGUAGCAUUAUUUUUAGUAGAAUUGUAGAGUUAAAAAUGCUAGAGAUCGGGCCUAGAGAAAUGACUAUUGCUCAUCUGCACAAGUGGGUACCUUGUGAGGAUAAGGACACUGAUGUAAUGUGGCUAAGGAACCCAUUUUCCAAGCUAAGCAAGAUUGAAACUGAGGAUAUACAAAUGAGCACAGAUGUUUUCAAUGGCAAUCCAUGGUCAAAAAGAAACAUGAUCAACACAGGCUUCUACUACAUCAGAUCAAACAAGAAGACCAUCUCACUGUUUCGUGUCUGGUACGCCGUGAGGCGCAAAGCAGCCGGGAUGAAAGAGCAGGAUGUUCUCACCAGUUUGGUUAAUAGGGGUAUCUUCAAAAGACUAGGCCUCAAGGUGAGGUUUUUGGACACCCUUUAUUUCAGUGGUUUCUGCAGUGACAGUGGAGAUGUUAAAGCAGUGACUACUGUCCAUGCCAAUUGUUGCCGGAGUAUUCACGCCAAGGUGGCCGAUUUGAGAGCGGUGCUCGGAGAUUGGAAGGGGUUCAAGGACUCUAGUAGUAAUGAUACAAGUGGCUUUCAUUGGUCCAGGCACAAUGGUUGCAUGCAUUCAUGGCACGAGUCCAACAAUACUUUGAGUUAGCACUGGUUUUUCAGUUUUUGGUAGAGCUCCUCGAUAUAUUCCACGAUAGUAUCUGAUAAGUGAGAUUUUGAGCAAGCGUUUACAUAAUCUUCUUCUCCUGAGAGAAAUCAUCACAAUAAAGAAUGUCAUACAUAGGAGUGAUGUAUAGGAAGGAUUCAGAUAUGGGUUUGUAAUGUUUAACAUUGCAAUUUGACAUCAAGGUCUCUUUCCUCUAUGUAAUUCUUUUGAACAUGUUUAAUAAAAUUUUAUGUGGGAUGUUUAGGAUUGGUUCUUCAAUCAUGUCUCUGGUUGUGUUGUGUUCAUGUGCUGGACAAAAAAUGGA